UGAUGUUCAGCACCACGGACAGCGUCGCGCAUCAAUACGUGCUCAGCGGACGCUGGAGCAGCACCGGGAGAGAGAGAGAACAGCCCAUGGAACUUUAAGGUGGACUUUUUUCUUUCUUUUUUUUUUCUUUUCCCCCAAUCGAGCUCUGAGCACGGGUUGACUUCAGCGCAGUACUGUCUUUGAGCCACAUGAUGAUCGUCUGAUUGGUCUGCAGCUGGAUUUCCAUGCUGCUCUCUUCACCACCGAACCACCGGUGUGCUCCGCCCCGUCCUCCCUCCGCCGAGACGUCAGCUGCUGGAGAGCGGGCAGCAGUGAUUAAAUGCAGACAGAGAGGGAAGUUGUCUGUGUGAGAGACAGGAGCGUCUCUGGAAACAGUGAGAGUGUGCAUUAUAGACCGCCACACGGCAAAGACUAACCAAACUUUUUUUUAUUUUUUUAACAUUUUCGAACACCCCUCUCCCCCCUCUCCCCAGAACUGAGACACACAGUUUUGACAUCCCCAACAAACAAACUUUUUAUUAUCCCACGUUUCUGUUUGGCUCUACUUUUUCCACUUGACAUUUAUUUUACAGCAACAAGUGUUGCUGGCUACGAGCGAUAGCUCGUCUAUAUGUUAUUUCUCCACACACACAAAACAUAAAUAAAUGCCAAAGACACAUUAGCUGCCGCGCAGUGCGCCGGGGCCGCCCUGUGUGCCACCGCCGUGACACCGGACUGCGAUGAUCGUGUCCAACGUGAGCCUGAGCGUCUGCGCAGGGGUCAACAGUGCUCUGUGUGCCGGAGCCGGGGAAGGGCACCUGGGGGGAGGCUCAUACCGGACCACCCUCACCCCGACAGGGAACCUGAUCGUGGCCGUGUGCCUGGGCUUCAUCGGCACUUUAGGACUUCUAAACAACCUGCUGGUGCUCGUGCUCUUCUGCCGCUACAAGAUGCUGCGUUCGCCCAUCAACCUGCUCCUGAUGAACAUUUCCAUCAGCGACCUGCUGGUGUGCGUACUGGGGACUCCGUUCAGCUUCGCGGCCAGCACGCAGGGAAGGUGGCUCAUAGGAGAAGGAGGAUGCGUGUGGUACGGCUUCGCGAACUCCCUCUUUGGCAUUGUGUCCCUGAUCUCCCUGGCUGUCCUCUCCUAUGAGCGCUACAGCACCAUGAUGACCCCCACUAAGGCGGACUCUUCCAACUACCAUAAGACCUCCCUGGGCAUCGCCCUGUCCUGGGUCUACUCCCUCAUCUGGACCCUGCCGCCACUCUUAGGCUGGAGCCGCUAUGGUCCUGAGGGUCCCGGGACCACCUGCUCUGUCGACUGGAAGACCAAGACGGCGAAUAACAUAUCUUACAUCAUCUGCCUGUUUGUCUUUUGCCUCAUCGUGCCAUUCCUGGUGAUCGUGUUCUGCUAUGGGAAGCUGCUGUGCGCCAUCAGGCAGGUCAGCGGGAUCAAUGCAUCAAUGAGCAGGAAACGUGAGCAGCGCGUGUUAUUCAUGGUGGUGAUUAUGGUGGUCUGCUACCUAUUGUGCUGGCUGCCGUACGGCAUUAUGGCCCUGCUGGCCACCUUCGGGCCGCCGGGCCUGGUCACACCCGAGGCGAGCAUCAUUCCCUCGCUCCUGGCCAAGACGAGCACGGUCAUCAACCCAGUCAUCUAUGUCUUCAUGAAUAAACAGUUUUACAGAUGUUUCCAAGCCGUGCUGCGUUGUGAGGCUCCUCGACGAGGCUCAAGCUUAAAGAGCUCCUCCAAGGUCGCCACCAAGGCCAUGAGAGCUGUCACUGGUCCCCGCCGUACCAACGACUUACUAUUUAUGGUAGCCUUCCUGUGUCAACCGGCCACCACCAUGCCCCAACUGGGUCCCUCCUUUGAACCCACCAAUGAUGUCACUAAAGCCCCCUCUUCAGACACCAACAAACCUGUCGUAGUAUCACUAGUGGCCCACUUUGAUGGCUAAUGAUUGGCUAUAACCAUGAAAAGUCCCAAAGUCCCCAGCCAGGAAGUCAUUAAUAAUGAGAGAGGUGGUGUUACUGAGGCUUGGAGAGCAGCAGCCUGCCGGUCCAGAUGGAUUUAACGCAGCUGUUGCAUCAGCUCUGCCCUGGCUAGUAAAGAUGAUGGACCAGUAACAAAGGCAAAUCUUGAACUGCUUCUGGACAAUAUCAGCAGAAAUCAGAGUAAACCUGCAUAAACUGGGAGUCUGUGUUUCUCCACAGAGAAAAGGUAUAUAUCUGUCUUGCUAGGAAUAUGAGCAUUUGAAGGAUGUUCUUAUCACGAUUUUUGGUCAGACUGCUAUGGUAACAGAAUUGUGGGGAUUUUAGUAUUAGUAUUCACUCAUAAAAUGUCAUAACAGAAAUGUGUUCAGAGUGGGAGAGGGAGAAGAUGUGUUUUUGUAUUGAUUGUGGUUACUAAGUGAGGUUGAAGAACACAAGUUGUUUAUUACCCCAAGCAUUUUGAAGUCUUUCCUAGAGUAGACAAGAUUAAAAAGACAAAAGAGAUUAAGAAGAGUAAUGAGAAUGUACUGGUAAUUGUCUUUUAUUCCCUGCCAGUAAUUUUCAUUUAAUUCAUCACUCUUCACUUAAAAAUGCACAAGUGGUUGGUUUAAUAAGUGGUUUGUUGGACAUGUAGCAUUGCUAGCAUGCUAGCAACAUUCCCAAGUUUUUUUCAGGAAUAGUGACUUUAAGGUUAAAGAAAUAGCACGUUGGAGAGUUACUGUAUAGUUCCUUCAAUAACGACUGUGCAUGUGCACUGUUACAAAAUAAUUAGAAAAAUUCAGUAUCUAGUAAUGUUCAGUGGAUAGCACUGAUAUAGAUACAUGGUAUCAGCAAAAAUCCUGAAAAUGUAUGCCUCUCUGGACUGAUUUUUUCAUGGUUUUUAUUAGACAUUUCUACAUGUACUUACAGCUGUGAAAUCUGCUUUUUUAGCUGUGCUGGAUUUGAUCAAACCCAAAGUCCAGGAUGUCCUAUGUAUUCAAAAAGGACUGAGAGGGCCUUCAAUGUGAGUGACCUUAAAAAUUAUUAGCAGUUCAGUGCCUUGCUCAUCGGCACGUAGUCAGCAGUGCAUGUGGACAGGCAUCAGCCUCUACUCAUAAUUUCUACGAUAUUCAAUCUAUAUGCCUCCACAAAAGUCAGUCUACUGUGUUUAAUAGUCUUAACAAGAAACAGAAACUAUUUUGCAGUGUUUCUCAGAACACAACAAAGGACUUUACCUGAGGCAACAAAUAACUUUUAGAUGGAAUACGUUUGUUCUGUAUAUAUUGUUUGCCAUGUACUUGUCUGCAUCUUGUUCAAUUUUUUGAUAGCUGAUUUGACACUUUUUCCUUCUUGCAAUACAAAGAUAACUGUGGAGUUUCUGAAAGCAGUGCAUCGAUGCUGUGUUGUCAGUGAAUGUCUGAGCUAUGGUGUGGUGCUUUUCACUACUGCAUACGGUUACAGUGUGUGCAGUUUUUUUGGAAUUCACUUUUAGCACACUAACUGUUUUCUAUGUGCUGUCAAGAUAUUGUAUACAUUAAUGUACAUGAGUUGAUACCAAAGCUAAAGACACUUUAAUAUUUUUUGAGGGGUGCUGUUCACUAAAGGUUUGUUUUUAUCUAAA